AGCAGCGUGAGGGAAAGUAGAGUCUAAAGCAGAGCUGGUCCAGUUUUGUCGAUAAAACCACCAAGAACACAUUAGUUCUAUUUGAUGCUGGUGUCACUUUCUCCCAACAGGAAGGAAUAAUGAGUCUCCCUAAGGACGAAGUGGUCCAUGUGUGGUACACAGAACCACAUAAUGACCCGAAGGAAGCUGAAAGACAACAAUGCUCCAAGGUCCUACCCAGGAUGGGUCAGAAGCAAACAAGAUCUUUGAGUCCAAUGCGGAUUUUCAGGGAAGACCUAAACCACUUCAAAGAGGAUUUGUUCAACGUCUUCAAGGACUCCAGGUUGACCCAGGAGGACCCACAAAACAGAACUGCCCUCAGUCUGCUGAAGGACGACUUGAACCAGUUCAAAGAGGACAUGUCUAAUGUCUUCAGAACAAAAGAAAAUACAAACACCAGAACAAAAGCCAAAGGAAGGGAGCGCUCAGAAGAACGGGUCACAGGACACCCCAACCAAAGGUCAGAAGAGCAGGAGUGUGCUGGGAGUACACUUUCAGAAACACAACAAGAACAAAUGGACAUGAGGGACAACGAGGACGUCUCCCAGGAGAUGACAACAGGAAGUGACGUAUCAAGGAGCUGUGCCAUGGGGACAGAUGCUGUAGGAGACCAGCAUCAAGAAGACAGACCCUCACCGAGUCUUCCACUGGACCUUUUGUGUUGGGGUGACACAACCAGGCAGCGGUUGGACGGAACCUCUGUAAAAAACUUUGCCUGUUAUUUGACCUUUGACCCCAACACGGCCAAUGCCGAGCUGCAACUCAGCGAGUGCAACAGAAAGGCGACUCGUGUCUGGUCGGACCGGAGACCCAUUGAGCAUCCAGACCGCUUUCAGCACUGUCCUCAGGUUCUGUGUCGCGAGGGCCUGCUGGAGACGGCGUACUGGGAGGUCCGGUGGAGCGGCGGCGCUGACGUGGGCGUGGCCUACAACACCAUCUCCAGGGAUGGGGAUGUGGCCAGCUGUCUGCUGGGGCACAACCCGAGCUCCUGGAGUUUGGAAUGUUCCGCAGGAAGUUACUCGGCGUGCCACGACAACAAGAGAGUGGCACAGUGCACGCCGCGACCUUUCUCCCACAGAGUAGGAGUGUACCUGGACUGGCCUGCUGGCUCUCUGUCCUUUUAUUGUGUUUCCCAGGACACCAUGGUCCACAUCCACACCUUCGCCUCCGACUUCACACAACCUCUCUACCCCGCCUUCUGGGUGUGGCCUUACCACGGCUCUGUCUCACUUUGUCAGGUGGAACUGGACUGGGAACGUUUGCUGCAAUGACCUCCUUCUCCACUUUCUUCUACACCUCUUUACACCUUGUAAAUAUUUUUAUACACCUUCUACACCUUUUGAUACACCCCCUGCACACCUUGUUCAGCUGCAUCUACACCUUCUAGACAUUUUUAUACACCUUCUACACCUUCUGCAUUUACACCUUCUUAUACUGCACCUCAUUAUUGUACAGCCUUUUAUGCACGUCCUUUUCCAUCAUAUACCUCCUUAUGCACCUCCUUCUCCACUUCCUUAUAUAACUACACCUUCUGCAUCAUUAUUCACCUGCAGACACCUCCUCCAUCUUCAUCUACACCUCCUUUUUUUUCUACUUCUACAUCCCUCCCAUAGGUACCUUUUUAUACACCUCCUUAUACACUGUUUUCAUCACCCGCAUCUACACCUCCUCAUAUACCUUUACACCUCCCCCUCUUACACACACUUCCUGAUACACCUUUUGUACACCUCCCUCUACACCUUAUACACGCACACCGUCUUACACGCAUUCCGCACUUCCUGAAACACCUUUGAUACACUUCAUAGACCCACUACACCUUUUUAUACACCUCCUUAUCGACCUUCAUAUGCAUCUCCACCUUAUGCACCUUCUUAUGUACUUUCUCAUAUAACUUUUUAAACACCUCCUUGUACCCCACAUACAACUUCCUUCUACCUUGUAGAAUCACAAUCAGAAUCGCCUUUAUUGUCAUUGUAUUGCAUACAACGAAAUUUGAUUUGUACCAUCCUUCUACGCUGUCCUACACCUUUUAUACACCUUCUUAAACACCUACUUUUAUACCCGUUCAUAAAUUCCUUCUGAUUUAAACCUAUUUAAACACCUCAUGAUACACCGUUUAUACCUUCUUAUCCCCUCGUUUUACACCUUAAACACUUGCUUGUACACCUUUUUUUUACAUCUUCUUCCACACCUUCUGGCCUUCUACACACCAGCUACAUUUGCACACUUGGUAUAGGCCAGCUGUUGUUGCCUGUCGGUGAUGUUUGUGUAGUGUUCGUCUGAUUUCUGCUGCACAAUAAAAGACACAGUGC